UCCAGCUCGGCUCGGUGAACGCCCUCCCAGCUCCCGCCGGUCUGACUUCCGGUUUCCUCGCGCCGCCCAAGCGUGGAGCCGGGGAAAGGCGGUAGCCCCUUUUCCGGCUCUGAAGCGCUCUUCCACCCUAGACUCUUCCUAGAUAAGGUUUGCCCCGGCGGCGCGUGACGCGGCUACUCGCGCGUGCGAGUCCCAACGACGCCAGCCGGCGCCGGCGGGCCUGGGUCUCGCGCGCGUGUUGCUGGGUAACGGGCCUGCGCCCGCUGCCGCCGGGCCCCUCCUGCUUCAGCUUGCCCCUCCUUCCAGAACCUGCAGGGCCCCUGCCAAAGGGCAGGGCUGCGCCGUGAACUCAAACAAGGAAGAAGAAAUGGGAAUCCCUCCGCGGCACACCUGGAGCCGCUACCUUCUCUGGAGAAGCAGCGGUGUCUUCGAGGAAACCGGAAGCCCGUGGUGACCCCUGGCGACCCGGUUUGUUUUCAGUCGGUUUCCAAACACUGGGGAAUCGAAACUCGGCGGUCCUGGGGGCGGCCCCACGUAGCCAGGGUUCAGGCUGUCAUGGAUGCACUAGUAGAAGAUGAUAUCUGCAUCUUGAAUCAUGAAAAAGCCCAAAGAAGAGAUACAUUGACUCCUGUCUCAAUAUAUUCAGGAGAUGAGUCUGUUGCUUCACAUUUUGCCCUUGUCACUGCAUAUGAAGACAUCAAAAAACGACUUAAGGAUUCAGAGAAAGAGAACUCUUUCUUAAAGAAAAGAAUAAGAUUUUUGGAAGAAAAGCUUGUAGGAGCUCGAUUAGAUGAAGAAACAAGUUCUGUGGGACGAGAACAAGUAAAUAAGGCCUACCAUGCAUAUCGAGAGGUUUGCAUUGAUAGAGAUAAUUUGAAGAGCAAAUUGGACAAGAUGAAUAAAGACAACUCUGAAUCUUUGAAAGUAUUGAAUGAGCAGCUACAAUCUAAAGAAGUAGAACUCCUCCAGCUAAGAACAGAGGUGGAAACUCAGCAGGUGAUGAGGAAUUUAAAUCCACCUUCAUCAAACUGGGAGGUGGAAAAGUUGAGCUGUGACCUGAAGAUCCAUGGUUUGGAACAAGAGUUGGAACUAAUGAGAAAAGAAUGUAAUGAUCUUAAAAUUGAACUGGAAAAAGCCAAACAAAUGGAUCCACCUCAGGAAGACAGUACGAAGAGCAGAGAUCUCCAAAGACUAAGCAUUUCAAGUGAUAAUAUGCAACAUGCAUACUGGGAACUAAAGAGAGAAAUGUCCAAUUUACAUCUCGUGACUCAAGUACAAGCUGAACUACUACGAAAACUGAAAACCCCAACUGCAAUCAAGAAAGCCUGCACACCAGUAGGAUGCAUCGAAGACCUGGGUAAAGAUGGCACAAAACUGCACUUCACGAAUUUCACUGCAACAUACAAGAGACAUCCCCCUCUCUCACCAAAUGGCAAAGCUCUUUGUCAUACUACAUCUUCUCCUUUACCAGGAGAUAUAAAGGUUUUAUCAGAGAAAGCAAUUCUCCAAUCAUGGACAGAUAAUGAGAGAUCCAUCCAUACUGAUGGUACAGACUUUCAGGAACACAACUCUUAUGGCAGAAAUUCUCUGGAAGAUAAUUCCUGGGUAUUCCCAAGCCCUCCUAAAUCAAGUGAGACACCAUUUGGAGAAACUAAGAGUAAAACUUUGCCUUUACCAAACCUGCCACCAUUGCAUUACUUGGAUCAUCAUAAUCAAAACUGCCUUUAUAAGAAUUAAUUCUGAAGAGAUUCAUGAUUUUAUCAUGAGGACACUGUAUCUCUCAGUGGUUCUCCCAGGAAGUUACUUAACAAACUGAAAGUGGGCUUUGAUUAAAAUUUUGCAGUUUCAGUAUAUACAUUGAAAUAUGCUGUACGAUAUUAUGUAGUUGAUUUUCCAGUAACAAAGACAGUACCCUCCAGCUCCAUAUUCUAAGAAUCAGAAAUAUGCUACUGUACUAAUUUAUAAACUUAAGAUGUUUCAAAAAGACAAUUCUACCUUUGAUAGCAAUUGUAAAAUUUUGCCUCAGAUAAGAAGGGACCUGGAUAUUUUUAGACAUGGUUUUACAAAGUAUGUGAAAGGCCUAAAUAGCUAUUCAUAAAAAUAAAAGCCUUGAAUACAGGAAAAAAAAAAACCAUGUUCAUCGGUUCAGAUUUGCAUAAAGGAGCAAAUGGCAAUGUGAAUAAGUUAUAUUUCUAUUGACUUUGUGAUGCAUAGAAAUAUGAAAUAUCAUAAUGGAAUAAAAAUGUCUAGGUUAUAUCUCUGGUAUUGUGUUUCAGAGGUUAAGAUUUAAAUAAUCAAACUUUUAAAAUUGCAAUUUGAAUUCUAAGACCAUUGAAGCCAACUCUGUCCCAGUACAAGUCCUAAAAAGAUGAAAUGCUUAAAACUACAUGGUAUGUGAAUAAAUUAUUAUAACCUUGAGCAUCAUUCAAUUAGAAUAGAAAGAGCAUCUUAAAAGUUUUCAGUCUAAUCCACCCCUCCAGUGGUCCAUAAUGAAAAUUUAAAUGUGUAUAACUGUAUAGUCAUUUUCUUCAAAGGGAAUAUAGCUGCUUGUUGUACAGAGCAGUUUACAAAUUGUUAAAACUUUGUUUUGAAAUGCAGUAUUUGAGAAAGUGUUUUUUUAAUGAGAAAAUUUCACUCUAGAACUAAAUUUUGUGCCGCAUUGAAACAAUCAUGAAAUAUCCCCAAACUCAUUCUAACAGGUCAGUAAAUCAGUCAGAAAAUAACAAAGGUGGCUUCACAGGGAAAUUGAUCUAAUUUCUUUCAAGGUAGAGAUAUUAAUAAUAUUAGUAAUAAUAUAUUACUUGGUUCAUACACCUUUUGCCUAGGAUACAGUGUUUCAUGUAGGGAGGAUUUUAUCUUUUUGAUAGUUCAUAUAUCUUAAAUUCAGAAGAAUAUCACAGAUCUUUUCCAUAUUAUUGAAUAGCAUACAUACAUAGACAAUGUUCACCAUUCGUCAGAUUUUUGCCUUUCUAUUAUCUUACUCACUUAUUCAAGCUUGUCUGUGAUUAAUGGAAUUGAAGUCAGAUGCUGGAAUUUAUUCUGACCAACGAACACAGCUGACUCAAGGGAGUACAGUCUUCUGCCAAGUAAUAGAACAAAAUCCAAUAUGCAUAAAACAAAUAUAAGACUCCAGGCUUUAGCUGAAAGAAGCAACUACCUGUGUAAUAACAAAGCGGCAUAAACUAUUUCUCAUGUGGCUGCAUAGGCUGUAUAUUAUCUCUAAUCUCUAAUGUGGCUUACUGGUUUGCUGUUUUUAAAACCAAGAUAGGAAAUUUCCCUUCAUAAAGAAAGUCUUACGAGAUAAUGGCUUGAUUGAUGUUUUGAACAAUGCCAAGAAAUUGCUUAAUUAAAAUUAUUUUUGUUUGAAAUGGAA